CCGAGUAGUUUGGAAAGGAAGUUGUCACGGUAACCCGGAUGUACACAAAACCACGUGACGGUUCUUAGCACGUGUAGAAGACAGAGAGAGAUUGUUUGUCCAAAAUUAACAGCGUUUACAAACAUGUUUGCUGAAGAGGAAUGGACUGAUUCUCCAUUACCAGAUGGAUCAUCUCACACUGUUAAGAUGUCUCCUGCCUCUGGCAAGGAUAAGGUUGUGGGUAAACAAAGUCUUUUGAGAACCUUGCAAACAUUGGGUUCAGUUCCAGACUGGGGAGCUGGGAAUGUUUUUGAGGAUAGUGAAGAGGAGAAAGAUGCCUCCACUACAGUCAAGACGGCAAAAAAGAAAAGGUGCAAAAAGCGUAAAAGAACAUCUAAUGCUGAAAAUGAAGGGAAGCAGCAGGAUAAAGGGGAUUCAUCUGAACCACCUGUGCAGAAGAAGAAGAAGCCAGUAAAGAAGAGCGUUAAAGAAACAAAUUCUAAAGUGUCACACGAGUCCAGAAAAGAUCAGAUUGACAAAGGAGUCGGACCUCAAUUGGAGAGAAAUGAAAGUCGAGCAGAAAACAAGCUGGGCAGAAAGCAGUGGAAGAACAAGAUGAAAAACAAAAGAAGGUGCAAGAACAAAUAUGUUCCAAAAACCACAGGUGCUGAUGAUGCCAUUGCGAGCGAGGAACCAUGCGUUCAAACACAGGAUGUCAAAGAAUCCAAGAAAGUGAAGAAACAUGACAAGGCAUCCAAAAAAACGAAGAAAGCUCAUAAAAAGAAUGGUAUUCCUUCCAUCACGGACAAUGCUCAAAAUCGCAAAGACUCUAAAACAGAUGAAAUGCCUAGCACAGGAACUAGAAUAGCAGAUGACUCCCUAAGUAACAAUACAGUCUCGCAUAAAGUGGAAGAUAAAGGGAAACUGGUAGAAGAAAAGUGGAAGAAAGAAAAAUUGCGUCGCAUUUUAAAGUCGCAGCUUCCUGAUUACCGUAAUAAAGCCUCAGAGGAACUAGAAGAACCCAAUGGUACAACAGUAAGUUUGAAGGGCGAUGAAGAGCAAGUGGCUCCUGACCCCUCGACUGCUUUAAGGAUAAAGAUGGAGAAGCGGUUAGAAGCCGCUCGAUUCCGCUACAUCAAUGAGCAGCUUUACACGUCGACCAGCGGUGAGGCCAACCGCAUGUUUCGGCAGGACCCAGAGGCCAUUGCAAUUUACCACAAGGGCUACACGGCACAAGUUCAGCACUGGCCUACAAACCCUGUGGAUUCAAUCAUUGCCUAUAUUUGUAAAAAACCAGCUUCUUUAGUUGUUGCUGAUUUCGGCUGUGGAGACUGUAAAAUUGCUCGGAGUGUAAAGAAUAAAGUACAUUCUUUUGAUUUGGCUCCGGUUUGUGAUCUUGCCACUUCAUGUGACAUGGCAAAAGUGCCGCUUCGUGAUUCUACUGUAGAUAUUGCUGUUUUCUGUCUUUCUCUGAUGGGGACAAAUCUGGGAGACUUUUUGGCAGAAGCAAACAGAGUCCUGGUGAUGGGGUAACUG